AAGUGCACAAGCACAAUUCAUUAACUCUUAAUAGAAAACACUUUUUUUUAUCGCAUUAAAAACUGAUUCUCAAGCGGCUUGAAUAAUUAAUAGUAAUGUUUAAAACUAAUGAUAAAAUUUUAAGUAUCUCGCUUCUAAAAAACAGUAUAGAAACCAUACUUACAAAUAUCAAGGAAUUAGAAAGGGUUAAAUCCGACGGCAAUGGAGAUUGUGGAGUACAUGUGAAUAUACUGGAGAAAAAAACAAAAGAGUUAAUUCAGAAAGUGGAAACUGCGCCAUUAGAACGAUUAACUAAAGUGUUAAAGAAAAAAAAACUAAAACGUCAACGAAAAAAAUAUAAACUAAAACAAAUGAAAGCUGAAGCUAGAAAUAGAUUUACAUUCCCAGAUCUGAAGUCAGAAAGAAUCUCAAAGAUGAUACAAAGCAAUGAUUAUCCUUCGAACCCGUCUUAUGUUGAAGACAUAUCUUCCUUAAAAAAAUAUCCACAUAUUCGUUUACUGAAACAACAUGAUGCUCAACGUUUUCUCCGAACCUUUGAAUUGUUAAAAAUGUUACAUUUUUCACGUGGACAGAACUUAGAUAAUACAAAAGAAUUUUAUGAACAACUACGUGAUUUGCGAAUCUCUUGGAACAAAGUAUUAGAGGAAAAUAAGGUAGAAUGUACACAAGGACACGUAGAGGAUCAAUGGAAUGACACAAUUUUUGGGUCGGUCGAACAUUCCUGCUAUGACGGUGAGCAAAAAAUGAGCGACUUCCUACGAAUACGACGCAUUUGGGAUAGCUAUUUGACGCGUAGUAAACAUGGUUCUUCCAUACCUAUUGGUUGGAUCCUUCCCAGUGAAAAUGCCAGUUCACAAUGGCAGCUAUACCGAGCCAUGUGACCGUUCCUAGUUCUAUACCUAGUGGUUGAAUUAGUGACGUUGUGUUUAUGUUUUUUUUUAUGAACAAACGAGUUCGAAUAUAUUGUAACCACUUGCAAAUAAAAUGUUUAUUUAUGUAAAUCACUUUUAUUGGAA